GACUGCCACUUUAAUACUUUUAUCUUACAUGUGUGUCUCUUACAGUGUACUUCCUCAAGCAGUUAUGACUACCAAUACAAGUACUAAACAAAAAGGAACGCUUUUGUAUGAUUAUGUGGCAGCUCCACAAAGUACGUGUAUAUUUUUGUACGUGCUCCUUAAGUUUGCACUAGAGGGUGUAUCAAGAAUAGGUAAUCCAACUUUGGCAUGUCAUUGUGCGUCAAUUACUUGGGUGUAUUAACGUAAUAUUUGCAUGGUUGAAUGACGAGUUUUUGUGCCAUUUUGAGCAAAACAGAGCAAGUAUGAGCCUGAUGAAAUUGCCGGUCGAAAUCGCACACUUUCACCGUUGGAAAUUGAGGCUAAACUUAUUGAAAAUUUACUCCCUCUGGGACUCGAAGAUGACGAACUUCACUUCCAUAAACGUCCUGAAUAUGCAUAAUUAUUAAUAUUGCCUGGUAAAAUCUUGUUAACCCUGCUGUAAGCUCUUUGUUACCAUGAGACAUUCGUAAUUAAUUGCGUUUUCUUUUGUUAUCCACUGCUUUAAUUAGGUACAGAGGGGAUUUUGACCGACAUUUUUUAUCGUUCUCAUUCGAGUAAUUACGGUACCUUUUCUUGAUACACCCUGUAGUGCACAAAUUUGUUUCCUUAUAUUAGUUUCUUAUAAAAUGUUCUUUAAUAUCAUUGUACUCAAGUUUACCCAAUUCUGAUUGGAUAAAUUUUUUUCCUAACUUGCACAAUUUUUUCCUAAAUUGCACAGGUAUGCAAUUAAUUGUUAAUUGUGCGGUUCCCGCGCCGGCGGAAAUUUAUGGUCACCGGAAUACGUCAUGUAAAGUUUUGUUUUGAUAAAGUUUUUGUCUACAUUUAAUAAUGAACAAUUGAUGUCAAUUUUUUAUUUGAAAUGAACGGGAAUUGUUCGCUCCAUUAAACGAAAAUCAUUUUAAAAUUGGUAAAGGAACUGGGGUGAGUUCAAGACUCGUUUGAUGAGAGGUUUCCUCAACUACCAAAAGUUGGCAUGGUAGAAAAGACGGAGCACGAAGUCUGUAUAAAAAAGCUUAGCGGUGAUACCUAAACCGACUCCGUCUUUUCCCAUCUAUGAGGCAUAAAGUGUUCAUUACAGCUUAGCGGUCGAGCUCCAGACCCAAUUAGAUCGUAUCCUUCAUCAUCCUUCAUCAUCACCUCGAAAACUCCAAAACAUUUUUGGGAUUUGUGGGGUAUUAAUGGACUUUGCCGCCAUUGCCCAACUAAGAAACCAGUGCCAGAGUGGCACUGGAUUCGUGACUGUCAAUGUGCAUAUAGUGCAUAUGCUCCAUCAUAUUGUUUGUUUUGAGAAAAUUAAGUGCAUUGUGCAAGAUGCAAUUAAUGAAAUAUCAAUUGCACUUCACACGAACAAAUCAGAAUGUAGUUAAAUUUGUCAUACAGUUGUGUGCGCAUCUUCGCUUUAACCACACGCGCAUAUUCACAGGUUUGACGCCUUUGACCUGAGUGUUAUACAAUACAAAACAUUGAUUUCGCACCUGUUGCUUUUUGCAGAUUUCCAGAAAACGUUUGAAGAAUGGAUAUGCCGUGAUAGGUUCUAUUUGCAAGCUACUCAGGAAGGUACUGAAUGUAGAAUUACGUUAUUGACUCUAUUUAUUCAAAAGAACGACCAAGUUUUCUUGGACAAUUGUUUCUUGACAUAGAGCUUUAAUUACUUCCUCGUCGUUUCUCACAGCAAAUUUUCAAACUUCUCAAAUUCAUUAAUAAUUCAUGAGCAAAUAGACUAAUCAUAUAGCAGUAUUUUGUCACGUGUAUUAGCGUGGAAAUCCCGGUAAACAACUAAAUUUUGAUUGAAUUAGUCUUUUAAACAGAAGUAAAAAUAUAUGAUUUCGACCGACAAUUUUUAUCGUUCUCAUAUGUGUUCUGUUUUUGCUCAAAAUGACCCAAAAAAAACAUGUCAUUCAACAGCUGAAACCCCCAAAAUUACGUUUAUACGCCCAGUAACUAAUGCCCAAUGACAUGCCAAAGUUGGAUUAUUAGAAAUUAAAUAGUAUUCAAUUAAAGAUUCGAAAUGGACGUCAGGUCAACUUGCGUCUAAAUUGCGCUUGGCCGUACAGUGCAUCUUAAUGACUUACUAGGCAGCUUCAUGUCUAGUUUUCCUUGAUGUCCACACAAACAAACUAAGUUUUUCGUGCUUUAAAGCUGUCAUAACUAAGUUUAGAACAAGGUUCCUGUGAAGAAAACCUAUCAUUUUGCGUCGUACGAAUGCGCAAAUAAAGCCCAUAGUUGUUUGCUGCCAGCAUUCAGUCCGUUAGGAUUCCUGGUCUUUUUACGUCAGGUUUUCCUCGCUAUUUCUUCUUUUAAAUAGUAUUUAUUAAUGAACACAUUGAAUAUAUUAGUGCUGAAAAAUUUAAUUUGUUGACAUAAUUAGCAGAAGUUAAUUGUUUUAUGUUGUGGCCUAACUACAUUAGUAGCAGAAGAGUAACCAUGUUAGAUCGUUUUAAAUUGUAGGUUUUCAUGAUAUUUUUGAUGCCCAAACUACGAAUCAAGAAGACCAGAAUGAGAAGGUUGGUACAAACUAUCUCGUACAGUACUUAGAGCAGGGGAGAGGGGCGGGAGGGCGGAAGGUAAAGGUUGUCAAAAUAGUUGGGCAACAUGCAAGAGUUAGUGCUCAAUUGGUACUCUUUUCCCAGAAAACCUAUCCUCCCCUCUCCACCCCUUUAGAUGUUGCUUUUAGUAGCAAUAUAUAAAGGAUAGGAUUUCAAGACCUCACUGCAUCUAACAAUACAUAUGUAACAAGUCAACAUUGCAUGGGGCUGCGGGAGGGGAGUGUCAAUCGAGAGGUGUUGUCAGCAGAGUCUUCCCGUGUUUGAAGCCGCUUAAUUCAACUGGUAUAUUUAUGUUAAAUUCAGCGCUAUGAAUAACAAAGAAAACCGUACCGUGUCAAUCAUGUGAUAAUUAUAUUUGAAUUCUGAUAUUGUGUUUAUGACUAACGUGUUUUGAAGUUAGUAUUGUUUGUAAUGUUGUUAAACUGGGUUUUUUUUAUAAAUUUAACGUUGUCUUAAAUAGUUACCACUUGGAAGCUUAGUGGAAAUAGCUAAAGAAGCCUUGAAGAACGGAGAAUUAAAGACUGCAGAAAAAGUCCUCCAUAGUGCGAUAAAGAAGGAAAUAUUGGAGAGCGCAGACAGUAAAAUAAAUGUUGAAUCCUAUCGUUAUCUGGCUGAAGUGAUCCAGGAAAAAGCUACGCAAGAUGACUUGGAAUUACCGACAAGACAAAGAUAUUUACUACAAGCGGCUGCCUUGUUGAACUUCGUGAAAAACCUUAUGAGGAAUGGUGACACUGAAAAUGAACUAUCAAAAAAAAUGCUGACAACGGUCUCUCAAAAACUGCAAGAAAUUCAAGACAACUUGAUACUUUCUGUCGGUGGGAACUUGCCAUGCUACAAAUUUAAUUCGGAAAGUUACAAGAAGAGCCUGGACUCCUUGCGAAACGUAGCAAGUAGUCGCUUGAAUGCUAUACAUGAUAGGUAUGUGAGCGAGAGGGACAGCGAAGAAGACCACAGAGAAAUGUAUGUGAAACAAGCAGAAGAGAUAAGGGUUUUGUUUAAAACGAUCGCCUCCGAAAUGAAAUUGCUGUUCUCUGAUAUCAUCAAGGAUUGUAUGGCAGUCAUUGGCAAGCCACCGUGCAACUAUGAAAUCAUUGUCCUUGGAUCCCUGGCGCGUGAAGAAAUGACACCGUAUUCUGAUUUAGAGUGGGCUAUACUGACUAGCUCAGAGGAGGAGAGAUGCAAAACAUUUUUUCGUAACUUAACUAACCUUGUCCAUCUACAGGUGAUCAAUCUCGGAGAGACUAUUCUACCAAGUAUGGACAUCAAAGCUCUGACCGGGGGUUGGUUCUAUGACGAAGUAACUCCACGGGGGGUUUCGUUCGACGGAUUUUUGCCGCAAGCUUGUAAGACUCCCCUUGGAAAUGUGACAGACUUUGAGCUAAUCCACAAUCCUACUAGCAUGGCAGCAUUUCAAAACAAGAACUGGCGGGAGAGAAAUCCGGGAUUGGGAGAAAUUCUGCAGACUGUUGCACCACUGAAAGACAAUGGGAAUCACCAGUUGCUGAACGAGUAUCGACAAGAUUUGCGACAAUUUCUUCACGGUUCCUGCGAUUCAAACGAAUGUGAUCAUGAUUCUUCAGACAGCAAAUGCCCCACUCGAAAUGAGUGCAGAGGUUUGAAGACCGUCAAGCAAGACGUCUUUAAAUAUAGUAGAUUCUACCUGAACACCGAACGACAAAAUGAUGGGAAACUAUACGAUGUUAAGCAAGAGAUUUAUCGCGUAACAGACCGGGUCAUCGUGGGACUGGGAAAAUGUGUCGGGAUCGAAAAAAAUGGAGCGUUUGAUAUUCUUGACGAGUUGCGCGAGAAAGGAAAGAUAGAGGCAAAUGCAAGGGAUAAUCUGGCGAGUGCUGUUGCGAUCGCUCUUAAACUACGUUUGGCCACGUAUCUCAAGGCUGGAAAACAAGCCGAGGAUGUAAAGUCUAUCCCAACAGAUGAAACCUAUCCACAGGUUGCCGCACACGUUUAUCGGCUGCCAAACAAGACGGAACUUUUCCAUUUCUACUACGUCGUUGUUCCUCUGUGCAAAGAAAUGAAAAUGUUUUGUAACAAUGGCGCCGAACACUCGGUUUGGUUCUCAGAGAAAGAGUUUUUUGAGUACUCCGACGUCAUCAAAGCCAACAUUUAUUCUCGGAUUCUGGACUACCCUAAAGCCCACGAGUGCUACGAGCGGGCCCUCGAGAAGGACCCACGCAACAUGGAGUUAAAAUUUUGUUGUCUCAGCUUGGAGUUAAUGACUAAGGACAAUAAGGAUGGAGGGUUAUUGUUGAAACGUAAACUUGUUGCUCUACUACAACAGUUGGGCAAGACGUACAAUUUUCCAGAAGUAAACUGGGUAGAUAACAAUGAAGGCGUUUCAGAGAUAGAUUAUUGUCGUAAUUUUGCCGAUACUAACUUGCCGUUAGCGAGUAUUCCCCCGUUAAUUCACAUCCUCAGUAUGUUAUCUUCAGUCCAUGAGACGCAGCUAGGGAAUUUCAAGACAGCACAGUUGUUACUUCAACAGUGCGCAAAACUGCAGAACUUGCUAGGUCUCGAUUCUUCAGACGUUCAUGUGUUAAGGAUCAGAUUGAAAAUUCUUGGUCUGGCGUGUACGUGUUGGACGCAGAGUGCAGCUAAUGAUUUGGAGUCCGUGAUUUCGAAAUUGACCAUUUUUAUCAAACGUGAGGGCAUAAAUAUCAGAGCGUUUCUCUUGCUCACCGAACUUGGCUCUGUUUUGAAAACUCGAAGUAAAUAUAGCGAGGCGUAUCAGUGUUUGCAGCGAGCGUUUUCAAUGGGUCGUCUCCUGUACGGCGUGAAUCUGAAUUUUUACGUUGUCCAUACUUUGCUAAUGCUAGGAAAUGUUUGUGAGAAAUUGGCACUUUACGAGGAAGGCAAAAUGUAUUUGAAACAGUCCCGACCAUUCUUGCUGUCGCUAAAAGGCAGACUUUCAGUAGUUCUCAUUAGGAGUAUUAAUGUUACCUUGGCAAGAAUUUGUAAUAAGUCCAGUCAUCCGGAGGAGGCUAUAACGUACGUUACCGAAUCCCUAGCAUUAACACCUAGUGUAACAACCGCAUCAUGGACAGAUAUUAUGAUUGAUUGCCAGAUGUACUGUGAAGCUGCUUCUGCUUGGCACGAUUUAGGUGCUGAAGAGAAAGCCUGGCGUGCGGCUUUAAGUGCCAGAGACAGUUUGUUACGUGUCACGAACCUGGGUACCCGAAUGGUCCUAAGAGGCAGCAUUGCCACAACCUACGUAAAGCUUGGUAAGAACAAGGAAGCGGUAGAACUAAUGAAACAAGGCGUGAACGAGUUGCCUUUGGAUUUCGAUGAUUUAGUAAUCGUACAAUGUUUGAACGUCUUCGGAGGGUUAUUGAGGAAACAAGGGUUAUUGAAAGAAGCUAAGGAUUGUUACCAAAGAGCACUAGAGAUGAAAGAAGUCAAGGAUGUUGACAGCUUUGACGUUAUUAACAGCCUUUUGGGGAUUGCGAACGUUCAUCUGGAAAACGGCGAAUUGUCAGAGGCGAUGAAUUUUGCAGAUCAGUCAUGGAAAGCCGUUUUAACAAUGGAACCUAGCCACGAUAAGUGUCGAUUUCUUGGAGAAGUCGCUGCGUGUUGGCGAACUUUGGGAAAGCCUUGUAAAGCCAAGAUGUGUUUAGAGCAAGCACUUGAGAUUUACAGAAGAUCGGUUGUUUCUCAAAAAAUGCCCAACGUCGAGUAUGACUUUCAUGUUAGACUGGCCGACUUGGUCGAGGCCAUUGCAACGGUGGGAGACGAUAACGGGGCGAAGUUAACCGAAGAACAAGUGGGAACAGCGAAACGAUUUCACUACAGCCAAGCCGCGGAACUUUUAAGACGACAUUUAGAGUCAGGCAAUUUCAACUCGUGGACUGUUGCUUUAUUCGCAUCACUGGCCGAGAAAUUCCGUGCUAUCGGCGAUAUAUCAGAGGAAGAAAAACUUCUGGUCGAAGGUCUUAGGAUGAGCGAAGAGGUUUACAAUUAUGGAGCGGCUAACGAGAUGUUUGCGUUAAUACUAAGGCGUUUGUCUAAUGUUUGCUUGGAAACAGCGAAUUACGAGAAGGCUUUGGAGUACUUGGUCCGCUCCCUUAAGAUGGAAUUGAAAAUACAUUCGUCCAACCCACACCAUGCUCACAUCCUCUCUGGUAUGUUCAGUUUGGCCGUUAUUUACAGGAAAAAUCCCGCGAUUAGCGAUCCUGUGAACGAUCUUGAAAACAGUCCAGGGCACACUACGGAAGACGGACCGUGCGACGACGAAAUUGAGAAGGCAACCUGUUUUGCUACAAAGGCCAGUUUGCAUUUUUGCUUCGGCGAUUUUGAAGGCGUGGAGAAGUUUAGCCGAAUGGCGAGUGAUAUUUACAGGAGACUUGGGGACCACACUGUGUGCUACAAGAGCAUGAAGUCGGUCAGGGAACGAUGUGAGCUAAUGCUAAAGCUUGCGCAACUCGCAAAGCAGAAUCCGAAUGAAAUGCUGAAUUCUUCGGGUUGGCUUCAGACAGUGUUUCGGAACAUUAGAACCAAGGGUUCGACAUUGUUGACAUUUGCAAUAGUUCCUGUCUUUCAAUCCACAGGGGAUGGAACGGUGACCGAUAUCAACCAAUCAGGAGACCUCGCAAUAACAAACACAUCGGACGGUGGUAACGACGAUACUCCAAGGCCACCAGCACAAGCUUACCCGUACUUAUCUAGUUUAGUCAACCAGGAAAGCGAGAAGACAAUACCUACACAUGAUUACCGACAUGACAAACUGACUUCGAUUGGAGUCCCAAUUACAGCAUUUGAAGAUAAUAUGCCAGAAGGUGCCAUUGCCCGAGACGAACUGAUCUUAGAUGAUGAUAACGAUGAGAUAGUGUUUCCAGAGACAGGCGAGGUACUUGCUGUAAGCGAUUUGGGGAGAUUCCUCGAGUUACUAGGCUUAGCAGAUGAAUCAAAAUCCACCAGCGAAGUCGAUAACGACGGAAUUCAAACCCUGAGGAAUUUGGAUGAUUCUGACACUUUAUUAAUGUCAGACUACGCGAAUUUUUUAAAUGACCCUGUCCAAGAAUUCCUCAACAAUGCGUUUAUGGCAAAAGAAAACAACGAGAUGGCGUUAAUGUCGACGUACCUAAAUAUGGCUGCAAAAUAUAAGUCGAGCCCGAGACAAGAAGCACUUAUUUCCAAGCUCCUGGGACAGUGCAAUGUUGCUUUGCAUAAAUACAAACUAGCAGCUAUUGACUUCGGGAAGGCAGCAGCUUUCUACAGAUCAUUAAACCUAGCAGCUGACACAGACGACUUGUGUGAAUUCAUGGAUAGCUUGCGUGGUCUGACAGAGAGCCAUCUGCUUUGCAAUGAUGUGGAGAGCGCCUGGUGCACAUGUGAAGAAGCCUUGUCCUUGAAGUCUGUGGUAAUAUCUGGAACACCCACUUUCUACCACCUUAUUUCUAUGUACUAUUUGGCUGCGAAGUGUUCAACUGCUCUUAUUGCGCGCGGACUCACACACGAGCACGACAUGCAAACCGUCGUUUCGUUUUGUAAAGAAGCUUUGUCAGCGAGCGAGGAAGCGGAACUCGUUGUGGGCUCAAACGACGCCAAUCAAGAACUUAAUGGUAGCUGUGCCAGAGAAGAUCUCUUCCCGUUGAAAUGUGAAGUCACUCUACUCUUGGCAAGAACUCUUUCUGAGUUCAAUUUGGAAGAAGAAGCACGAUCAAUUCUCGUAGAGAUGGUUCAACGUCUUAGAAAUCUUGUCGCUGUCUUCGAAGCUUUCUCCAGCGACACGUGGCCAGAAGGCGACAAUAAGUUUUGGAAUCUCCAAAUCAAUCUGUUUUCUUGGAUUGGACAAGCGUUGCUGCUGUUAGGCGAAGUAGAUGAUGCAACAGACGGCCUGAAGAAAUCUUUGGCAGCGUUAUUCGUUCUUCAGUCCAUGAACGUGAAACUUUAUGUGGAAAAUCUCUUAAGCUUGUUAGAUGCAAUCACCGCUAGGAAUAUCGUUGAGACUAACUCAUUUCAACAAACUCUCGAAUUUUGUAAACGUCUGUAUAUGGAGCAACACGAUUCUUUGGAGAAACUCGUCGAAUUCUUUGCCGACGUUGGUAAUCUUUACGUGGAUAGAGGGAGGACACAAGAGGCCGUCAGUGCAUUCGAAAUAGGCUUAGCAGUCGCAGAGUCCAUGCAUGGUGGAGAAGUACAAAAAAGUUGUGAACUGUUACUGCUGUACUUGGGUAUGACUCACGCACUUCAAGCGACUUUGAAUGUAGCCAAAAGCGAGCGCGAAGAACUUCUUUUGGCUGAGAAGUAUUUCCGAAUGGGACAGGAGCUCGAAGACAGCGGGGUUACCAUGGAUCUCUUGUAUGCACAGUUUCUCAUUGCACAAGAACGAUUUGAUGAAGCGAUCCCGUUGCUGGAGCGGGUAAUACAGCUUGACGACUGUCUAUGGGAUGACCAUAUUGCCGUUCCGUAUUACCAACGACGACUUUACGGCCCGAGUGUUUGCAAGUACGUUGAACUGCACGGGGAAUUGCUGACGUUCAGCAGGAAUUUAGGCUACAGUUUUCUCGUUCGAGCUUACGUGGACAGGGGAAUGCGAAAACAAGCUGUUAGGUUUUGUGAAGAAUUCGCUGUUAACGGUAGAGAUGAGGAAAACUCUUAUGAGAACAGACCACCUGCUGUGUCGUUCCUGCUUGGUUGUGCUCAGAGAAGUUUACUAUCUUUGGUUGACGGACAAAUCCAUUUGCAAUUGGUCGAGUCGGAUGUUCCACUAACAGCAGAAAACCUAGCGGAGCUGUACUACGCGCUAGAGGAAUACGAUCUAGCGUUAAGAUAUAGCAACAAGGCCAGGGAAUUAUUGGUAUUGCUGCCGAAGGAAGAUGUGGAUUCAGUAGAGUACGAUCACCGCCACCUGUCGCUGUUGCGUACUGGAGGAAAUUCCCUGAUAAUGCUGGAAAGGGUAAACGAAGCGUAUUCUUACUUCGCUACUUUCUUAAUGCUUCUUCAAAGUCAAGUAAAUGUUCUCGAAAAACCAUUUGAAGAAGCGCAGGCCAUUCUUCGCCAUUACUCAUUCGCCCACGAGUUCUGUGUUUACCGAGCACUAGGAAUGCUGCUGGUCAGGCGCGGUAACAUUGAUGGUGCACUUAAGGUUUAUGAACACUGCAUAGAUGUGGAUAAAGAGUAUAGUUUAGACCCGAGUUUGGUAGGAACUUUAUCUGAACUUUAUCAAACCAAGGCAUUUACUACAGCCAAGAAUGAUAAGGUCGAACACAAGGCUUGGAUGAUGAAAGCGCAGGAAUGUUUUGAGGCGUUUUUCAGGAGCAACAAGAAACCUACUCCAUUUCUGGAGGCAGCGUUUGCUUCGUUUCUCUAUCGUAUCCAUCGUACCGAGGAGGCCGUACAUCAUUUCCAGAAUAGUAUCACAGAUGGAAGUGCGGACGAGGUUACGAUCUCCUUCUCCCAUGAGGACAAGUGUUUAUUAAGUACGCACCUUCAGCAAGAAAUUGAGGUCACGGGACAAAUUUUUUUACCAAACAAAGUUUACGUACUUUAUCAAAUGGUGUCGGCAUAUUUCAAGUUGGGAAAAACAGACGAACUUCAAGUAACAGUAAAACGAAUGGAAGAGUAUGUCGCCAGCAAGAGGACGAGUCCAUUGUUUCCCCUAUGCCUGGCCGUUCUGGGAUAUGCGUACAAAGAGACUGGAAACGAAUCCAAAGCAGCAGAAGCAUUUAACGUCGUGUUACAAUUGAUGCCGGGUCACCGACCUGUGAAGAACGCGUUGGAGAGCUGUAAAUUGUAUGAAAAAAAAGAGUUGCUUACCGAUCAAGCGUUGUGAGGAGGAUGUCAAUUCCUGAACAGAUGAGAUUUGGUUUAACUUCGACAACUCAUGUAAAUAUAGUUACAAGAACUUUCAAAAUUACGCGACCUCCCUGAAAAAUACUCUUACUUCAAAUGUCAGUUUUAUGUCACAAAAACUGCUAAAAAUAACAAACGUAAACAAAUUUCAAAAGACAUUUUAAACCGUCUUUAACAAAACUGAACAAAAAUGAGUUAACUUAAGCUCCGUUUACGCUACGCUCAAUUUUUGGUACGGCACGGAUAAAAUUGGUACCCGUACCAAAAAUUGAGCGUAGUGUAAACGGGACUUUAGAUAUACAAACUAAAGCACAAUACAAACCAUCACAACAGACAUAUGUGCCGUGAAUAACUUUUAAAGUUUGAAAAAUAACAAUUUAUCCUGGAAUUUAGCUGUCAGUAUAAAACACGCGCGCUAGACUAUAGCGGUGAUGUUAUGAUUUUGUUUGUGCUUAAAUUUUGCAAUAAUUCUCACUAAAAUAUAUUGAAAAUCAUUGUAAGCCUGUUUAUAUAAAGCAUACAAAGCAUUUACAUCGACAAGGAACCGCAAAACUCAAAGUUUAAACUUCGUGACCGAAUGACAUAAAACUGACAUGUCAACUCUAGCAUUUUCGUCCUUGGUCGCGUAAUUUUGAAAACGGGUGUAAUAGUUUAGCCAAAAUCUUAAAAACUGUACUGUGUGAAAUGUUUUAAUCAACCAUGUCAAACAACGUCUGUUAAAAUGUAUUAUUUAGUAAAUGUUGUCCCUAGUUCGUCAACUCGAAACAAUGGACCUUACCGUUUAUUGCAUUUUUCCCCAAUGGCCUCGUUUUCAUGUUUGCUUUAUUUUGCCCAGUAGUCUCUUCCAAAUGUUAUAUCCCUAUAUUCCUUGGACAUAAAUGUUUUUCUCUAAGUUUAAGUUUGUUACAAGUGCAUCCAUAACCCUGAUUACACAUAAACCACGAAAAAAUAACCGCAUGAAAACAAAGCCCUUGGGUAAAAUGCAAUGAACUGUAAGAUCUAUUCAUUAUAAAUUUAUGAUUUAAUCCAAGAGAUUUUCUAGAUCUUUUACUAUAUCCGGAAGGAUGAAGCUGUCAAGUUAUGUUUAGGGUACGAUGCUGCAAAUGUGAACAGUAUAAAAUUUGCCAUCCAAGUGAUACACGGUGAUUCGAGGUGAACGUAACAAUGUAAUAGUUAACAGUAUAAAUCGUUAAUUAUUCAUUUCAUAGUUAAGUAUAAGCAAUAUUCUUUCAGUUGGAACAUAACGAUGUAUUAUAAUGUUUCAUUAAUUUCAUUUCUUACGAAUAUGAAUGAGUUUUUUGCAAUUGGUUAAUAGGUUUUAAUACGUAAGUAUUUCAUGUAAACAAACGGUUUUAUAAGUAUACCAUCAUUGUCAUAAUCGUGAAUCUCAAGACAUUUCUGUCCAUUUCUGCUACAGACACCAUUAGAAAUGCCUUCUCGAUGUCACUAAUAAUUGUUACCUUUAAACGUAUCGCUACAUCAAAUAUGUUCUUGGAUAAAGACAGGCCAAUAUACAAAAAAUUGUUCAGCGAAGUUCCAUUAGAUUUACAUGAUGCAUUGUAAACCACUCUCAAACAUCUUCCUUAUCUCAACAUAUGAUAUAGCAUGAUGGGGUAGGUAAUGCACUUUCCCAGCCUCAUUCGGUUCUAUCCACUCUUUCGACAAUCCCUUCAUGAAGUUGGGUUUUGAUAACAUUGUCAUACUUUUUCAGAAUUUCUAGAGUUUGCUUCAAUAGUAAAAUGUGUAAAAACGUCGAAGAGAUGCCUUGUAGUUAUCAGGUAGGAGGGUAUGUGGGCGUGAGUGAACUCUGCGUAAUUCUGCGAAAUAUUGCUGUUUUUUUCGUAUUUUCUUAUUAAACAAGAUAUCAAAUUAAUUGUAAAGAGCUGGUGAAUAUUGCCUUGUGGUUUUUAUCCUUGUACUGUAUCGUGGUAGAGAGUUAUAUUGGAUUUUGUCUUUGCGGUGUUGUAAUUAUUGUUGUCACGCAAUAUAAACAGGAAAUUUCAGUUUUGUACUGGCUGGAUUUUAUUAAAAAUUACUGUGUGGAUUGUGAUCUGUA